GCGGAAUGGUCUGGGGGCGCGCGCGGUGUUGGUGUGUGUUGUCGGGUUUCUGGGCCCGGUUGAGGGGCAGCCAUAUGGACCCGCGGGGGCGGGGGGGCGACGCCCGCAAGCGGGGCCGACCUGGGAAGGCAGGGUGGCGGCGGACCUCGGCAAAGCGGUGGACUUGAAGCGGGCGCGCCCCAAUGAAGCCGAUUGCAAGACAUGCUGCCCUUGCCGCAAGCAAACUACAACCCCCACCAGAGCGCGGAACUGCCCCCCAAGCCAGCUACACAGGGGCGCGGCCUCCGGCUCGGCGCCCCUUCUUUAUAUCUUAUUUGCUCCCUGGCCCCGCCUGGCCCGAUUUCGGGGCCGGGGUGGCACGCCGCGGCGCUGGCAACCGAUGUAUGUUUGCUGGCCUCCGUCCCCGCGCGCCCGCGCGGGCGCGGGGCGGUUUACUUUUGCCGGCGUGGCCGCCCGACCGACCCGGCUGAUUUGAUUGGCGGCGGGGAGAAGGAUUGGGCCUCGUUCUCCUCGGCAAGGCAAGCAAGGCCAGGAGCGCGGCGCUUUUGGCCGGAUUCGGGCCGUAGCAAACACUUUCGAUCGGGGCGACUUAUGUGGUGCGCGGGCCCGUGGUAUCGACAUAGAGUUCAUGUGGCCAUCGCCCUCUGCCCGGCCGCCGCGCCCAGGCGCAUGGCUAUGGUUUAUUUUACCUGUUUUCAAACCUGCAUGCGAUGAAUGACAC